GCAAGGACUACCUAAACUAUGUACACGUAACUAAGCGCCAUGUAUCUGAGUACAUAUAUUACUCUUGUGCUAAUACAGGUACUCGUAUUUUCAACAUUUCUAUUUCUUAAAUACUUCUUCAUAGCAUAUAACUACACGAAAGAUAGUAUUUCUCGCAUCUCGCAUUUCUAUGGAACAGAUCAAGUUACGCUACAGCUAACGACGCAAUAAAUGGUAUUAUUACCGGACACGGCAGCCAGCGCUAGCUAGCCAAUGUAACCGGUUGUCCGGCUCUGGGGGUCCAUCUUCUCGGGUCUUACUUUAGGUAGUCUUCUCCAGGGCUCCUAAUUUUAUUCGCAAGGGGGAGAGAUAACCGCCUCAAGCCUAGGUAUUUACAUAUCCGCAUAUCUCCCACAACUCCUAGCAUGUAUCAUCCUAUGGUACUUCUACGCCGUCGCCGAGUUUACUACCUCUUCCCCAUCGUCUUCGCCUUGGUGCUUCUUAGCCCUCCCUUCUGGCCAUCCGUAAGACAAUUCGGGGAUCGCGUGCGCCAAACUUUGCCUUUCGCCUACCAAUGGAAAGUCCAACAAGAUUUCGUUCCUACGCAAAAUGAGCUCGACUGCUUACAUGGCCUUACCCCUCGAUUGGCCACCGAUAGCGAUAAACAAAUAGAUCCCAUACCCAACCAUGUUCAUUUCAUAUACGGGCUCAGUAACCCUUACGACAGGCCUAGCGCAGGUACAUUCGACUUCCUCUGCUACCUCGCGAUACGGAGUGCCAUUGUGGGCAUGAAAGCAGAGAAGAUCUCGCUUCAUUACACAUAUCUUGCGGAUCCGCCAUCGCCCGAACCAAAUGCAUCUCCUCUAUCGAAUCCAUGGAUACGUCUUUUAAAAGAUGAUAUCGACCUCGUCUACCAUUCACCCGAAGAGAUGGCGGCCCUAAAGAGCUCGCCCGACGCGACCUGGCACGCCGCACAUGUAUCCGACAUUCUCCGUUUAAAGCUCCUCCAAGAGCAGGGUGGUAUUUACAUGGAUAUGGACGCCUUCGGUUUCCGGCCCUUUACUACUCUCUUGAAGUCGCCACGCGAUAUCAUACUAGGCCACGAGGGCGGAAAUCGCGGGGGUCUAUGUAAUGCCAUUAUGGUCGCUCGGAAGAACAGCUCGUUUAUAGCGAGAUGGCUUCGAGAGUAUAACGGUGCAGAUCUUUCCAAGGAGUGGAAUUACCACAGCGUUGUCCUUCCUAAAGAGUUGGAAUUAGAACAUCCGGACGAGGUCUGUACGUUGGCACCAAACGCUUUCUUCUGGCCAACUUGGACAUGGGACCAUAUCGAAUUCAUGCAUAAGCAGCUCAGCUCGGACGAAGCGCGUAAGUGGGCGGCGGAGAUAGACAGGAAUGGCGGCAGCCUUUAUGAGGAUCAGCUCGCCUACCACGCAUGGAGUCAGAUGGCCUGGGAAAGACAUCUCAGCAAGUUAACCCCCGAGGUCGUGAGAACACGCGACACGAGAUUUAACAUCCUAGUUCGAGACUUUCUACAGGAUAAUCUAGCAGUCCACCAGAACUAACAGUAGUUCUAUGUAGUUAGGUUGGAUUAUUAUCAUGUUACGGAAUUGGCUAGCAUAGCGUGUAGUAUGACUAGUUGAGAGUCUUAAUGUCAGUAUAUGGGUAAGCAUCCCAAAGAGCUAAACGGUUGAAUAGCAAUCCUUUGGUAUUGUAUCAUCCGCUGCUUUUCGAUGCAUACCUAAAUGAAUCUAUAAGGUCUAUUAGGUCCGAUAAAGGGCGACGGAUAAGAUAAUUCACGCUUUACAGCGUCCUACACAGCCAUCGGACGGCACUGGCUCUACAGCUUUCAGCCAGCUGAUUCCGAAGGCGUGUUCCACUUGGGGCUAUAUCCUUUAGUUAAGCAAUUUAAGACAUAGAAUUGUGAUAAUGAAAUAUUCAUUCCAUUGAA